AUGCACGUUCUUCUGGAGGAGCAGGAGGAAGUUGAGCUAUGGGAGGUGGCGGAGGCGGAGGAGCUCUGUGGCCCGGUGGCGAAGGAGAUCUGCGAGGUGGCGGAGGAGCUCUGUGGAGAUAGAGGUGGUGCAAUUGUAUCGAUUCUAUCAACAGAAGUCCAAUUGAUGCCGAAUCUAUUUGCUACCUCAACUACAGUAUCUCGAAACAUCCAUGGAGCAAAUUUUGAAAAAAGGAGCGGGAGGAAGUUGAGCUAUGCAGAGGCUGAGGAGCUCCGUGCAAUUGGUUCGAUUCUAUCAACAGAAGUCCAGUCGAUGCCCAAUCUAUUUGCUACCGUAACUAAACCAUCUCGAAAUGUCGAUGGAGCAAACUUUGAAAAAGCAAUACAUCCUCGGUAA